AUGGCUACAACGGCAGCAAAUACUCAAAGACAAACGAUAGGCUGCGAGGAAUACAGUCUGUACAGUAGCUUGAGUGAAGAUGAGCUUAUAAAGAUGGCCAUCCAGCAGAGCUUGGAAGAGGACCCUGCGGGUCAGUUGGCGGCCCAGAGCCACCAGAAGUCGAUGGUGGCGGGUCCCAGGGAGGCCGCCCCGAGCCGUGCCAGCAGCCACAACCCGCCCUACCACAUCUACCCGUGGCAAAGAUUGGCAGUCCAGCCGAGAGGCCGUGCUCAGCCGUCCAGCUCUGGGGGAGCCUGGGGGGUCAGGCGAAGGUACGAUGGCAGCCUGUUCAGCACAUCCCAGCCCGUAGAACUUGACCCUGUAGUGGCAGCAAUCAAGGAUGGAGAUGAAAAAGCAGUAUGUAACAUGAUGAAAUCAGGAAAAAACCUUUCUGAACCUAAUAAGGACGGCUGGAUACCCCUCCAUGAAGCUGCGUACUAUGGCCAAGUGGGUUGCCUGAGCCUGUUGCAAAAAGCAUACCCUGGCACAAUCGACCAGCGCACCCUCAACGAGGAGACAGCUCUCUACCUGGCCACCAGCCGGGGCAACCUGGACUGCCUGCUCACCCUACUGCAGGCUGGGGCCGAGCCCGACAUCUCCAACAAGGCCAGAGAAACGCCGCUCUACAAAGCCUGUGAGCGCAAGAAUGCAGAGGCCGCAAGACUCCUGGUACAGUACAACGCUGAUACCAACCAUCGUUGCAAUCGAGGAUGGACAGCUCUCCAUGAGGCUGUCUCCAGAAAUGACCUGGAGAUUAUUGAUAUCCUCGUGAAAGGGGGUGCCAAGAUUGAGUCUGCAAACGCCUAUGGGAUCACUUCUUUAUUUGUGGCAGCUGAGAGUGGGCAGUUGGAAGCUUUGAGAUACCUGGCAAAAUGUGGUGCUGAUAUAAAUACUCAAGCCAGUGACAAUGCCUCUGCUCUUUAUGAAGCCUGUAAAAAUGGACACAUACCUAUUGUGGAGUUUCUUUUGUCCCAAGGAGCAGAUGCUAACAAAGCCAAUAAGGAUGGCCUGUUACCUCUUCAUAUAGCAGCCAAAAAAGGGAUUUGCGAGAUUGUCUCCAUGCUGAUCCCUGUGACCAGUCGCACCCGCAUCAAGCGCAGCGGUAUCAGCCCCCUGCACUUAGCAGCUGAACGCAACAAUGAUGACAUCUUGGAAGAGCUGAUCGAUGCUGGCUAUGAUGUAAACACCACCCUCUCCAACGAACGAUCCUGCCUUUAUGAGGACAGGCGCACCACUCCCCUCUAUUUUGCUGUUUUUAACAACAACAUCUAUGCCACAGAAGUCCUGCUGCAAGCUGGAGCCAACCCCAAUGUUGACCUCAUCAACCCAUUACUCAUCUCCAUCCGCCACGGCUGCCUGAAGACCAUGAAACUGCUCCUUGACCAUGGAGCAAACAUUGAUGCCUAUAUAUCAAGCCAUCCCACUGCAUUUCCAGCUACCAUCAUGUUUUCGAUGAAGUACCUUUCUGUGCUGAAGUAUCUUCUGGAUCUGGGCUGUGACGCAGGUUCCUGUUUUGAGUGUCAGUAUGGAAAUGGCCCACACCCUGCAUUAAAUUACAGACGGGACAGACUUAAUGAUCCUCAGCUGCCCACGGAACCAACUGUAGUACAGUUUUGUGAAAUGGUGUCUACUCCAGAAAUGAGUCGCUGGGCCGGGCCGAUCAUUGAUGUUCUCCUGGAUUACGUGGGUAAUGUGCAGCUCUGUUCCCGGCUCAAGGAGCAUAUUGACAGCUAUGAGGACUGGGCUGUCAUUAAAGAAAAAGCAGAGCCUCCACGACCUCUUUCCCAUCUUUGCCGCAUCAAGGUACGAAGCCUGGUUGGAAGAAACCGCAUUAAACUUCUUGACACCUUGCCUCUCCCACACAGACUGAUUCGAUACUUACGGCAUGAUUACACACAGUGA